AGCUAUCUUGUGACUACCAAAUUGGAAAUAUGCGUUACUUGGUACUCUCAGUACUACUUAUAUCCACUUUAGGAUGUUAUGCUGAUAACUUGAAGAGUAUUGUUCAGGGAAAUGAUAAGUUUACAGUACAUACAUAUGAGGAACUCGUGAAAAUUUCAAACAAGAAUAACUUUAUUUUUAGUGGAUUAUCUGCUGAAAUCAUAUUGUCCUUACUUGCAAAUGGAGCAAAUGGAACCACAAGAGAACAAUUGUUAACAGGUUUGAGCUUACCUCACAACAUUCAAAAUAUAAAUAAAGCUUACACUAAAAUAACAACUGGUCUAAAAGUAAAUGAAAAGCUUAAUUUAAGAUUAGCCAACAAAGUGUUCGUACAUCAAAACUUCUCAAUAUUAGAGCAGUUUAACGAUAUUGCUGUGAAUAGUUAUGCCGCUGAUGUAGAGAACCUAGACUUUAUGAAGACACUAGACGCCGCUAAUUAUAUUAACAGCUGGGUCGAAGAACAAACUAAUAACAAAAUCAAAAAUCUCAUAGAUCCAAAAUCUUUAAGUAAUAAAACAGGAUUAUUAUUAGUCAAUGCUUUAUACUUCUCAGGACAAUGGAAAAAUCCUUUCCCAGACUAUGGUACUAAAGAUAGAACGUUCCACAGCUCACAUACUAAGUCUAAAAAAAUUCCCACCAUGUACAGCAAAUCUUCUGCCAAAUAUGCUCACAAUAAACAACUAAAGGCUAAAUUUUUGGAACUUGGAUUCAAGGAUGGAAACAUUACUAUGACAUUUGUUUUACCUGACGAAAUCGAUGGACUGGAAGCUGUUGAAAAAAACUUAGAACAAUACUUGGCAACACAAGAAAUGGAAUAUGCUAGAGUUGCCAUUACCCUGCCCAAAUUUAAAAUUGAGAGCCAAAUUGAUUUUAAACCCAUCUUGCAGUCGUUGGGAGUUAACGAAAUAUUCGAAAAAAGAAAUGACUUUUCUUACAUCUCCGAUACUGAUCAGCUUAAAGUCGACUUUAUUGUACAAAAAGCCUUUAUUGACAUCCAUGAAAAUGGCGUCGAAGCUGCAGUGGCUACAGGAGUAGGUGGUCCCCUUAAUGCGCCAUUGGAUAUUGUUGAUUUUUACUACGAAUUUAAUGCUGAUCACCCCUUUAUCUUUAUCCUUAAGGAAAGUAAUGGACUAAUUCUUUUUGCUGGCAGAUUUACACAAUAGAGUGAAUAAUAUUAUUCAGACAUACAUCGUCUUAUUUUGUUUUUAAUGUUGUACUAUUAUCAUUGUAAACAAACAUUAUUAAUUUAUACUCUGUUAUAAUUAUUAAAGUUUACUUUACAUUU